AUGGCAACAUUUUAUAAAGUCACAUUGCUAAAGACACUACAGCAAGGCUUAUUACAGCUUCAUGGCCCAGCAGUCUAUUUACCGUUGCAGCUAAAUGGAGUUUGUCAGGUCUCAGUACUACUGGCUAUGAUGACACCCCAAGUAAUAACUCCUCAACAAAUGCAGCAAAUUCUGCAACAGCAAGUGCUGACCCCUCAGCAGCUUCAAGUCUUACUUCAGCAACAGCAGACACUCAUGAUACAGCAGCAACUUCAGGAGUUUUAUAAGAAGCAACAAGACCAGCUGCAUCUUCAUCUUCUCCAACAGCAAUCACGUGCUGGAAAGCAGAAUAAAGAGCAGCAAGCAGCAUCUCAGCAGUUGGUCUUUCAGCAACAGCUCCUUCAGGUUCAGCAGCUUCAACAGCAACACCUUUUAAACCUUCAGCGGCAAGGCUUGCUUACCAUUCAGACCAUCCAACCAGGACAGAGUGCUCUGUCUUUGCAGCCCCUGCACCAAGGAAUGAUUUCCACUGAACUUCAGCAGCUCUGGAAAGAAGUGACUGGAAAAGAUGAAUGUGCUGGUAACAGCCACAACAAUGUUGAUCUGACUGCUAGUUCUGUCAAGUCACCUACUAUGCCGAAAAGUUCUUCAAUUGUUAACCAUCAAACAGCUUCAAAUGGACAUCAAAUGAGUCAAAUGCAGAAAAGAGAACAUACCUACAAUGAAGAUUACCAGCAGAGUCAUCCUCUUUACUGUCAUGGUGUGUGCAAGUGGCCAGGCUGUGAAGCUGUAUUUGAAGACUUUCAAUCCUUCAUCAAACAUCUUAACAAUGAGCAUGCUUUGGAUGACCGAAGUACAGCACAGUGUCGAGUGCAGAUGCAAGUUGUGCAACAACUAGAAUUACAGCUUGCUAAAGAUAAAGAACGCCUUCAAGCAAUGAUGACACAUCUUCAUGUGAAAUCUACUGAGUCAAAACUCCCCACCCAACCUCUGAAUCUGGUGUCCAGUGUCACACUCUCUAAAACUGUAUCAGAAGUAUCUCCACAGAGCUUACCUCAAACACCUACCACACCAGCUACACCUCUUACCAUUGUCAACCAGGGACCCUCUGUAACUAGCAUUCAUAAUGUUGGGCCAAUCAGAAGACGGUAUCCAGAAAAAUACAAUAUGCCCAUCUCUCCAGAUAUUGUUCAGAACAAAGAGUUUUAUAUGAAUGCUGAAAUAAGGCCUCCAUUUACUUAUGCCUCCUUAAUACGGCAGGCAAUACUUGAGUCUCCUGAAAAGCAGCUAACACUUAAUGAAAUUUAUAACUGGUUCACACGAAUGUUUGCAUAUUUCAGACGCAAUGCUGCAACAUGGAAGAAUGCAGUCCGCCAUAAUCUUAGUCUUCACAAGUGUUUUGUGCGAGUAGAAAAUGUUAAAGGUGCUGUUUGGACAGUGGAUGAACUGGAGUUCCAAAAACGAAGGCCUCAGAAGAUAAGUGGUAAUCCAGCUCUUGUAAAAAAAAUUCAAAACAACCUUGCCUUUGGCACAGCGCUCAAUGCUGCAUUUCAGGCAUCAAUGGCAGAAAACAACAUACCUCUAUACACUAUAACUACAUCAGUGGAGAGUACCAAUCUAAACUCAAUGACAAAUGUAAUACAUGAAGACGUAAAUGGAGAAGUUGAGUCCAGGAACAGUAUCAGAGUUGACAUGAGCCCAGAGAACUCUCCAUUGCAGGUCAUUCUUCCGAUCAGUGUUAAGGAGGAGCCACUGGAAACAGAAGACCAAGAAGGCCCUUUGUCUCUUGUGAGAACAGCCAACAAGAGCCCAGCUUUUAACCACGACAGACAUUUUGAAGAUCCAAUGAAUGAGAAUAUGUAACAAACAAACAAAAAGUCUAAUGUAAAAAAAAAAAGAAAAAACUUUAAAAUGAUCUCUGAAAUAUUUUGGUAAAAUUUCUAAGAUCUAGAGAAUGGUGAAUCCAUUUUUGACUGCUAUAUUUUUGACUCUUAGUACCAUGAAAUAAAAAUAGCCAUUUGCAUUUUUAAUCUAUUUGUUUGAGAUAAUUUCUGCUGACAUGCAUUGAUCAUACUUUUAUGGUACUGGGGCACUUUCAUCUUAAAAUGAACAGCUGUAUUAUUUUUCUGAUCCUUUCACACUGUACAUACACAAAAAAUUACUUGCACUCAUGUUAAUUAAAAUCAAAAACUGUAUUAAUCUUAGAAUGUGCUUCUCAAAAGCAAAAACCAGAAAAUUAAAAUAUUAUGCAGGACAGUACUAUGUGUGACAUAUUUUGAUUAUUAUUGCCUGUAACCCUAUUAUUUCCUUCCACUAAUACUAGAAACUGUAUUAUAAGAGAAACUGUCUAAACUUUUUCAGUCUGAUGCUGGCUGCUUAUAACUAUGCCUAUAAAUCUGGCCAAAUGCGAAGAACUUUUUCCUAUUAGAUGCUUGUGAC